AUGGCGGUCUUCUCGGGCGACGGGGUGCUCUGGCUCUGUCUGGGCAUCUCGCUCUUCUUUGCCGUGCGCGGCAUUACUACCGAUCUUCGUCAGGUGGUCGAUCUGACCGAGAUCAAGCACGUCGAGACAGAAGACAAGAUCAUCAGUGAGGGAACCGAAGAAGCCCUCAAAUUAGAUACCCUCCUCAAGCUCUCCGAAAGCACAAGUCAUGACCUCCGCUCUGCAGCUCUACGCAUCAUCUCCGAACGGUCCACCAAAGGAGGAACGAGAGACCUGCUCCUAGAGGACCUGGCAAGCCCGAACAAACUACGAAGGGCGCGAGCACUAAAUGCAUUGAGCUUCCUCGUUUCCAACCGAGCAUUAUCUCGAACCUCAGUAUGCAGCCGACUGGGUGACCUCCCAACCUACAUAGCUCUGGUAAACUGCCUCUGCAACUUCCUAAACGAACACACCGAACAAACCUCCACAACAAACUCGCCCAUCCUCCCCAAAACCAGACCGAUCGGCGAGAAAAAAGCGCUCAACAUCCUCAAUAUUUUGCUACCGGAAAACAUUCCCGCCGCACUAGAGGCCGGGAUUAUAAGCCGAUGGCUUUGCAAAUAUCCCUUUCCAUGCGCUCUGUCUGAGCCAUCACGGCGACAGGAUGUAGUGAUUCUCAUGAAGACAUGGUUUCUAGACGACGGGGUGAUGAGCUCGAUUUUCAGCACGCUUACCUCUCACAAUGACGGGAUAAAGCAGCUGCGGAAACAUGGAUUGAUGGGUAGUAUGAUCGAGGAGAAUGAUCAGGACGAUGAAGAUGAUGAGGAUGACGAUGUGUGGAUGGUCAAUGGGGAGGAUACCGCGGGUUCUACAAGGCGGGUCUCUUUGGGGCGUCGUCUGCAAGAAGGGAGCAUUGAGGAGCAGGCGCUGAGACGGCGGAGAAGGGAAGCCAUGGUGCUGAGUGACGGUGGACGGCCUCUUCGGGGUGAUGAUAUUAUUCAGCGCCCUCUGGAUUGA